AUGCGUAUGCGCCAUGUCUAUGAAAUGGAACCGAAUGCCCAUGCUAUCGGGGGCGUAGAGCCUCAUUACAAGAGAGACAAGAACGGUAAAAAAAUCAUCAAGAUACGGCAAAAGCCAAGAUACCAGAUGGUACCCUCAGUGCCACCCAAAAAAAAACAGGUUUCUGUAUUUUUGUACGACCUUGAAGAAGACGGUACACCGAGGGGGCGCGACCGUCAGACUGGUAAGUGGGCGGGGCACUUCGAAGUAAGUGAAGAAGAUCAAUAUGAGUUUGCGAAAGGCCCGGGGGUUAAAGGCAGGCGUAUUGAACUCCCACGGCAGUACGAGUUCAGAAAUGAAUUCACCGUCAUGAACAUCCCGGCAGAGCAUCCGAUUUCUACCCGACGAGGACGCCACGAAGAGAAUGAACAAGAAAAUCAGCUCUCAGAAGAAGAUGAUCCACGGAGUAGUGACACUGACGAGAAUACCGACGAUAGCGACGAUGAAGGUGAUCUUUUUGCCGAAUCUUACAGGGAAUGCUCUGGACUUCCUAACACACUCUCCGCUGUUUUUACCACACCCCCCGCUCUGAUAGGGAAUGACAAUGGAGCACUAGGGGCCGAUGCGCGCGACAAGAACGCAGGAGGCACGAAUAUUGAGAAAACGAACAAACAAAAUGAUCAGAACACAGUAAAAAGUACUGGACCUAUACAGUGUACAGCCCUUACGCAUCAGGGUGGACAAUGUCAGCGUGUUGAUGCCAGUCUGCCCGAGAGCGCUCGAACAACCUGGCGCUGUCAUAAUCACGAUCCAGAGAAACUAAGAAAAAAAAUAAGAGAAACUGAGACCAAAGAAGAAGAAGAAGAAGAAGUAGGAGUAAAAGGCAGGGGAGAAGUCUAG